GAAACAGUCAAACUAUUUUAAACGCUGCAGACGCGACUCCAUUCAUUCUUACAUUUCGUAGUGAUCUUAGCGAAGUUUAAGGUUUUUUCCGAAAAAUUAGGUAUCACAAUGGCUAGAGAAAAAGUAACAGAGGACACCAGUGCCGACGUAGUCGUGGCAGAUGACGUCAAUUUUAUCAAACCAACGGUUCCCAAGUUGGUGACCAAUGUCUUGAAGUCCCCAACCAAAGAAUCUACAGUGAUUACCAAAUAUUUUCCCAUGAGUCCAAAAGCACAAAAUGAGAAAAGCAGUGAAGAGAAAAAAGAUAUUACCAAAGAAAGUCAAGAUCAAACCAAUGCACUAGAUUUAAAGUUAGAACUUGCAACCGCAGGUCCAUCACCUUUAACAUCACCAGCAAAAGAACGACUCAAGGCAACACCAUCCAUCAGCACAAAACCCAGGAAAUCAAGAGGGAAAUCAUCAAGUAGGGGAAGACAGGGAACAAAGGGUAAAUCUACAAAAUCAAGAAGUGCAUCCCUAGGUAGUAAAAAAAGAGUUAACAAGCCAACAACACAGACGUCAACUUUGACUGAUUACUUCCCGGUAAGGAGAAGUACCAGGAGACCAAAAUCAGAAAUUAAGGCCGAAAAACAGAAGAGAUUGCAAGAGGCCAUUUUAUCAAAGUCAGAGGAUGGGUUAGAGAUUAAAGAAUUUGAAAAUAAAGGACGUGGUAUUGUGACAACAAGAGCUUUCAUGAAGGAUGAAUUUGUAAUUGAAUAUGCAGGUGAUUUAAUCAGUGUAGAAACUGCCAAGAAAAGAGAAAUAAUAUAUUCUGAAGAUCCCAGUGUUGGGUGCUACAUGUAUUAUUUUAGGUUUAAUAAUAAAACUUAUUGUGUUGAUGCCACAGCUGAAUCUGGUUACAUGGGAAGACUAAUAAACCACAGUAAAACAUUAGCCAAUCUUACAACUAGACAAAUAGCUAUUGACGAUAAACCAUAUUUGAUAUUUGUAGCCAAAAGAAAUCUUAAACUAGGUGAAGAAUUGCUGUAUGAUUAUGGAGAUAGAAGUAAAACAUCAUUGGAAUCACACCCAUGGCUUUCAUCAUAAUUUUACCAUCUUUGGAUCAAAAAAACAUUCACCAAACAUCAAUAUGGAUGCUUCAACCACUUAGUCUAUUGCUGUGUUUUUAUUUAGAAUUUCAAGAGAUGCAUGGAUUUUUAUUUAGUGUAAAUACGACACUGGACAGUAUAGUUGUUGGAAUUUUUCAGUUGACUGUUAAAGCAAGCUUUACGAAAGAUUACUCAGGAGCAAGCAUCAAAGCAUGUGUCAAAUUUUUAAAUUAUUCUACUACGGUUUGUGGUGUCUUGAACUUGUCACUUAUGUUCCUGCCUUAUUUUAAAGUAACUUGUCCAAGCACACAGCAUUCAUUUUCUCAGGUAGACAAAUUAAAUCUACUACUAUUAUUAUUAUUAUUAUUAAGCAAAAAUGGUGUCUAUGAAAUAACUUUUUUUAGCUGAAAUACAACAUUUUCUAAUUAACUGUCUUCUUGUGGUACUACUGUACUUUCAUUUGUAUUAGUACAACUUAGCUUUUUUAAUGCAAUUUUUGUAAAUAAUAUAUUGUGCGAUUCUGUAUUUUAAAUUAUUCCUGUGUUUUCUCUAAUCUGUCAAACUUUCACUUCCCUAAUUUUUCUAAAUUCCUGAAGUUGUGAACAUGCAAGAUUGAAUUAAUUUACAGGUACCAGUCAUUGCCAAAAUACUGUGAAACGCAUUG